CAAGAGCAGAAAAUGUCGCUAAAUGUCGCGCGUAGUUUUGUUGUUGUGCUACUACUUCCGCCUCAUUCAGCGAGGAAUAUCCAUGGCACCUAACCUAACUCUAAACCAAAUGUGCCUCUAACACUUUUUAUGUAAUAGGCACUUAACUUACAUUUAACGUUAGUUAGUGUAAGUUUUUCUAAAACCGGAAACAGAAGCACUGACGGGCAGCAAUGUCGUUGUACGAUGACCUCGGUGUGGCUGCCAACGACACCAAGACCGAAGGAUGGUCCAAGAACUUCAAGCUGCUGCAGUCCCAGCUGAAGGUGAAGAAGGCGGCUCUGACACAGGCCAAGACCCAGCGGAUGAAGCAGACCACAGUGUUGGCUCCGGUCAUUGAUCUGAAGAGAGGUGGCUCCAGUGAUGACAGACAGAUCACAGACACUCCUCCACAUGCUGCCGCUGGAGUCAAGGACGCUGUGCCCAGUGGUUUCUCCUCCGGUGAUGUGCUGAUCCCGUUGGCAGACGAGUACGAUCCAAUGUUCCCCAACGACUACGAGAAGGUGGUGAAGCGGCACCGAGAAGAACGGCAACGGCAGAGGGAGCAGGAGCGUCAGAAGGAGAUCGAGGAGAGGGAAAAGAAGAGGAAAGACAGGAACGAUGGCGGGGCUCCAAGUGGUUUCUCUCGUUUCCCUGCAGAAGAGGGCGACUCAGAUGAGGAGGAUGACUACGAGAAAGAGCGGAGGAAACGAAGUAUGGGUGGAGUAGCUAUUGCCCCUCCUUCUUCACUUGUGGACAGCUCAUCUGCAUUUUCCUACGAGGAUGAAGGUCGUCCUGCCAGAGGCUCCAAGGCUGCCAUCCCUCCACCUAUGUAUGAGGACUCUGACCGGCCACGUUCACCGCCCGGACCAACCAGCUCCUUCCUGGCCAACAUGGGAGGUACGGUGGCCCAUAAGAUCAUGCAGAAGUACGGCUUCAAAGAAGGCCAGGGCCUGGGGAAGCACGAGCAGGGUCUCAGCACGGCGCUGUCUGUGGAGAAGACCAGCAAGAGAGGUGGCAAGAUCAUCAUAGGCGAUGCUGCAGAAAAACCAGGGUCCAGCCAAUCAGGUGCUGCUGAAACUUCAGGCGGAGGCUCUGCAGCUGAUUCUUCCAAGAAAUCAGAGGCCAACCCGCUCACAGAGAUCCUCAAAAACCCAACCAAAGUGGUCCUGCUGAGG